UUGAGGCAUUCAAAGCUACGCUCUUGUUCACCCCUUUAUCAUUUUUGCGACAGUACUAUUCCCCGUCUCCGGUCGUCGAGGCUGGGAGCGCCCGUCAGACUGCACUCCUACUCGGGUUCAGCUGCGCCUCGAUGUCUGGUUCGGAAACGCGAACGACGCGUUCGGGAAGGAAGACCUCUGCGCUCGCGUUCGCACCUGCCUGAAUCGACGGCGCGACGUGCGAAAAACUACUUCCGUUGUGAGCUCGUUCAUAAUUCCCUGAAGUGGUUAUGUGAAAGGACGCGCUGAUCAUAGAAUCGUUGUGACACAGCUGCUUGUGUACGAGGAAAGAGGGUAGUCGGUUAAGCUACGAUUUUGUUGCCACUUCGUCGCGUGUCACCUGACUUUAAUCCGGUUUUAGCCAUCGAAAGGGACUCUGAAGGUUCGAUCUUUUUGUGGAAAAUUUCCCUAGCUGUAUAAAAGUUCGCUAUGGUGAUUUUUCCAAGUCUACUCCUCGUCUUCGGCGCUGUAGCAACGGCGAGCAUGUCCAAACCCGCGUGCGGAGUCCGUGGCACCACCAACCCAUCCGGCGGAACUGUCCGGAUCGUGGGAGGCGAGAACACCCAGCCACUCGAGUUUCCCUGGAUGGUCUCCCUCCGACUCUUCACUCCUCCGAACACAACAAGCACCCACUUCUGCGGGGGCUCCCUCAUAAACAGACAGUAUGUCAUCACUGCGGCACACUGCAUAUUUCCCCAAUUUCCCUUUCCGGAUAACUACACAGUUAUUGUCGGAGAAUACAACGUGAGGGUGAAAGAUCCCACCGAGAAAAGGUUCCCCGUCAAAAACAUCUUCAUCCAUCCUCGCUACAACGAGACGACUCUAGACUAUGACUACGCUCUCCUUGAGCUGGAGACGCCGCUGAACUUCACGGGCACGGAAAAGGCCCUGAUGCCCAUCUGCCUACCCAAAAGGAACCAGAAGUUCGACGGUCAGACCUGCACCGCCAGCGGAUGGGGCUAUACACAAGACACGUCGGUACCGGGAUCCUCGCUGUCGGCCAUCCUCCAGAAGGUCGACCUGCCCAUUGUCCGCCACGCGGUCUGCAAGAAGUACUACAGGCAUGAGAGACGGGUUCGGGAGAACACCAUGAUCUGUGCUGGUCCCAUGCGAGGAGGCAUGUCCACGUGCGAGGGCGAUUCCGGGGGACCGCUACAGUGCCCCCGACGUGACGGUCGCUACGUCCUCGCCGGCAGCACGUCCUGGGGCGACACGUGCGGGGCGCCGCGGGAGCCAUCCGUCUUCGCCAGGACGUCGACCCAGUUGAACUGGAUCAGGAGAAUAGCGGGAGCGACUCCGUGAACGCCCCGAAGCUCAACUCUACACCGAGGAAGACCCUCUUGUCGAUCCCCGAAAUAAAUUGACUGGUCGCUUCGUCCGCGUCCCCGUACCUGCGCACGUGCCCCAAGCAUGUUUGAAA